UGGUGUCGACCUCAGUUCGGCAAGUAAACAAGAUGUACGAAACACCGUAUUUUCUGUUUACAAGCAACAGUAUGACUAUUGACUACCGUAACAACAUUUUCGAGGAAAUUAUAUUUGAAUAACAUCGUUAUACAGACAAUGUCAGGAGAUGAGGACAACGUUCCGGAGACAUCAGAGCCUAAAAUGGAGGUGGAGAAAAAAAAUUCACACAGUGAGAUUGAGAGGCGACGUCGGAAUAAAAUGAACCAGUGUAUCAAUGAUUUAUCAACAAUGAUUCCCUUACCACCCUCAGUAGGAAAAAAACCGGACAAAAUGACAGUCUUGAGAUUUGCUGUUCAGCAUAUGAAAGCUUUGCAAGGCUCCACAGAACCUUCAAAAGAAACAAAUCAUAAACCAAGUUUUAUGUCGGAUGAUGAUUUAAGGAACCUGAUUACGGAGGCCUCAGGUGGAUUUAUAAUCGUUGUCGAGUGUGAUCGUGGACAGGUCUUGUAUGUCACAGAUUCAGUUGAGAAGAUUUUGAAUAUUUCUCAGGCUAAUAUGAUAGGUUUUGAUUUUUACGAACUCGUUCACAGUAAAGACGUUGCCAUGGUAAAGACUCAGCUAUCCACAACAGCGUCAGAGGGCAAGGAUGAAAAGUCUUACAUAAAGAAACCUGACGUAGUCGAAGAAAGCAUUGGGAAUGCUGAAAAUUUAUGCCCAGGAGCUAAACGAUCAUUCCUGUGCCGUAUGAAAAAAGUUACUAACGCGGAAGAUAUAAAAAAUAUGGGGACAAAAUCAACCACUCGGAAAACGAAAGCAAAUGUAUUCGUUGAUGACAAUGAUACUGUUACAAUCUCAUAUGAAGGCUUUUUAAAAUCAUGGCCACCAAAGAAGGAGAUGAAAUCAAGCAAUGAUCCCAACUCUCGCAGUUGUCUUGUCGCUGUCGGUCGUAUUCUUGAGAUAGAUACCGAGGAAACAGACUACAGCAAGCUUGGACAGAUUCGCGAUUUUGAAACAAGACAGCGAGCCGACGCCACAUUUGUCCGUGUCGAUCAAAACUUCACGAAGAUAUUUGGUUAUUGUCCAGACGAAGUGAUAGGAAACUCAGCUUACAGUUUCCUUCAUAAAGAUGACCUUCGAAUUGUGGCUGGAUCUCAUCAGAAGGCUCUUACUACCAAGGGUGUGACCCGCCCGGAGAUGAUAUACAGAUUCCGCGCCAAGGCUGGGCACUAUGUCCCAGUGAAAACCACUUCAGUUGUGUUUCGCAAUCCUUAUUCGAAAGAAAUUGAUUAUAUUGCCACACGAAAUGUUGUUAUGAAGUCCAUGCCAUCAAAUGUAAUUCAAAGUGGGACAAAAAACGUGGCAUCAGAUCGUUUUUCAGAACAACAAAACAUGGAUGAAAGUUUACGUCAUUUAUUGACAAAGUUAGAAAACCUGAACGACAAUAAAAGCAAUUUGCAAAGAAAACGAGGGCUAGUUACAGACAGAGAACCACAGAAGCAAAGCAGUCCCAGUGAUAUUGGUGUACUAAUUGCUGAACAAGCUGAAAAAAUUGGACAACAACCAAAAAUAAACUCGCAAUCAGCGAAAUAUACCAAUGUCGAUUCCCUGACUGAAAGUCAGUCGACUGUUGCGAAUGGUCUGCGUCCAGCACAAGAUACGAACUACAGACAACGAGAUAAUUUUGAAGUUACUAGUGGAAGCAAUGAAGAGCAACAGAACAGUCUAGCUGAUGGCAUAUUAUUGGAGCAGUUGGAAGGUAUUCAAGGGGCCAUUAAUGCGAUGGAAAAUACUGCAGCUGAAGAAGACAGCUUCUCCUUGUUAAUCAAUGUUAUCGAAAAUGAGGAUUUAGGCGUGCUCAAUGAUAUGCCGUGGAAUUUCAUGUAAUGCUCUUUAAAUGGUUCUGUGAAAAUGUAAUAUGAUUACCUGGGAGAGUGACCGGGGGGGAGGUAUUUGGAAUCAGCUAUAAAAAGAUGAAACGAUUUCAUUGUGCUUCGUUCCGUGUUCAUAUGGGAAUUGACCGUAACGAAAAAGAUGCCGGCAUGUCCAUUUUACCGGAAUGCCUUGCGGGCAUUAAGAAUGAUUGACUGAAAAAAGAUGGCAAGAAAAACUCCUAAUUACGUGAAAUUUUAACACAGCAAAGAAAAUAACUUCCUGUUUCAUGCCUGUCCUUUAAAAGACGUCCGGCUUUUUUGAACGAUUUCCGACCGCAAUGUAUUCUGGUAAAAUAUACAUCCGCCAUAUUUUUUGUUAUGGUCAAUUGAUUGAACCCGUCUAUGUACCUAUCAUAUCGCUUGUCAAAGGCGCGAGAUCACGGCAGGCGAGACAGUUCAUCUUCUUAUAUAUGAACCCAAUAAACGUUUUAUUAUAGUAAAUGGAAUACAAGACGAGAUAAUAGGAGAUUUAGCAUGAGGACGUGAACGUCAAAGAGGACCUGAUAAUGGCGAAUAAAUGGCGUGGCAUGUCCAUAUAUAGACGCAUCACGCCAUUUAUUCGCCAUUUUCACGUCCUCUUUGACCUUCACGCCCUCAAUACUAAAUCUCCCUAAAGCCGGUUUUCCACUAGCGAUAUUUUUCGUGCGAAAGCGACAUUUUACUUUUGUUUCAGAGCUCUCAACUG